GCGGUCCCCGCUCGGGGGGCCCUGGAGACGGAAACGGAUCGGCGGCCGGGACAUGGAGGAGCGCCCGCAGUGGGACCCGGAGGCCUGGGGCUCCGCGGAGGGGCGGCCGGCACCCCGGGCGGCCAGAACAGGCCCGUCGCUGUCCUCUGUGCUGAAUGAGCUGCCCAGCGCUGCCACCCUUCGGUACCGAGGCCCUGGGGUGCUGCCCUGGGGGGCUGAGGAGGGUGAGGACGAGGAGGCAUGGAGGAGCAUGCAGACCUCCGCAGACGCCUCACAUCAGGAGCUGCCGGAGCCCGGCCCCUCCCGGGAACUGCCGUGGCCCAUGCAGGCCAGGCGGGCACACAGACAGAGACUUGCCAGGGACCGAGUGGCCCAGGGCGCGGGGUCCACAGGGGCCCAAUGGACUCGGCUGAUGCGGAGGUCCAAGGAGAAGGUGCGGGAAGGCCUGCGCUCCCUGCAGCCCUGGGCGUGGACGCUGAAGAAGAUCGGGGGACAGUUUGGCGCCGGCACCGAGUCCUACUUCUCGCUGCUGCGCUUCCUGCUGCUUCUCAACGUGCUGGCCUCGGUGCUGACGGCCUGCAUGGUUCUGCUGCCCACCUGGUUGGAGGGGACUCCCCCGGGUCCCCCUGCCCCGAACGCCUCCUCUCCCUGCGGCUCCUACAACCCCGGCUCCCACGGCCUGGUCACCUUCGCCACCGAGCUCUUCAACUUGCUCUCCGGAGAGGGUUUUCUAGAAUGGUCUCCUCUCUUCUACGGGUUCUACCCGCCCCGCCCACACCUGACCAUCACCUACCUGUGCGCCGCCUUUGCCACUGGCCUCCUCUACCUGCUGCUCAUCCUUCACCGCUCGGUGUCUGGACUGAAGCAGACGUUGUUGGCUGAGUCAGAGGCCCUGACCCGCUACAGCCACCGCGUGUUCUCCGCCUGGGACUUUGGACUCAGCGGGGAGGUCCACGUGCGACUCCGCCAGCGCCUGAUCCUAUAUGAGUUGCAGGUAGAGCUGGAGGAAGCCAGAGUGCGGCGCAAGGCUGCGGUGCAGACCCUGGGCCAACAGGCCAGGCUGUGGUCGGUGCGCCUGCUGCUCAACCUGGUGGUGCUGGCGCUCCUGGGGGCAGCCUUCUACGGCAUCUACUGGGCUACCACCAAGGCCACUGUGACGCUGCAGGACAAGCUUCUUAUCCAGCGGACGCCAGUGCUGAAGCUCAUGGUGGAUUACCUUCCGUCCAUCUUCAUCUCCGUGGUCAACCUCGUGCUGCCGCCUGUGUUCAAGCUCAUUGCCCCCCUGGAGGGCUACACUAGGAGUCGCCAGAUCGUUUUUAUCCUACUCAGGACAGUGUCUCUCCGCCUGGUCUCCCUGCUGGUCCUGCUCGUCUCUCUCUGGAGUCAGAUCACUUGCGGGGGCAAUGCGGAGGAUGCGGAGUGCAAAACCUGUGGCUACGAUUAUAAAAAACUUCCGUGCUGGGAGACCCGCCUGGGACAGGAGAUGUACAAACUCCUGCUGUUUGACCUGCUGACCAGCCUGGCAGUCAUCCUGCUCAUCCAGUUUCCUCGGAAGCUGCUCUGCGGCCUCUGUCCCGGGGCGCUGGGCCGCUUUGCGAGGACCCAGGAGUUCCAGGUGCCUGACGAAGUGCUGGGGCUCAUCUACGCACAGACAGUGGUCUGGGUGGGGAGUUUUUUCUGCCCUUUACUGCCUUUGCUCAACACGGUGAAGUUCCUCUUGCUUUUCUACUUGAAGAAGAUCACCCUCUUCUCCACCUGCUCCCCGGCCUCCCGCACCUUUCGAGCCUCCACUGUGAAUUUCUUUUUCCCCUUGGUCCUCCUCCUGGGUCUGGCCAUCUCCGCCGUUCCUGUGCUUUAUAGUAUCUUCCUGAUCCCACCUUCCAAGCUGUGUGGUCCAUUCCGGGGUCAGUCGUCCAUCUGGGUGGCGAUCCCCGAGUCUAUCUGCAAGCUGCCUCAGACGGCCCAGAAUUUUCUCUUCUUCCUGGGUACCCAGGCUUUUGCUGUGCCCCUUCUGCUGAUCUCCAGCAUCCUGAUGGCGUAUACCGUGGCCCUGGCUAACUCAUAUGGACGCCUCAUCUCUGAACUCAAACGCCAGAUACAGACGGAGGCGCAGAAUAAAGUCUUCCUGGCACAGCGUGCUGUGGCGUUGAGCUCGGUCAACAGAGCUCUUUGACCUCUCCAGCCUGGCUUGGGGUGACGUCCCACUUCCAGCCCCAGACCUGCCCCCAGAUCCUAUUUUAGCUUCGUCAACAUCAUUUGGAAAAUGAGCGAACUGGAGAAGACCCCGUGCUUUUCCAGCCCUGGGAUUCCCUGCUGAGUCUCCCGACCCUUCAGUGAACCUCUUUCUAGUACUGUAUCAAUAAAUCUAGUACUGUAUCAAUAAACACAGCGGAGGCCGCUAA